GAGCGAUUGAGAACGGGUCGCGAGAUCUGGCCCGGAAGCUGUCGGAAACUGCCGGAAUCCGGCUCUGCGGCGCGGUGGCUGCUGGGCCGACCGUUCUCCGCUUUUCUCUUAGGGCACGUCUGAAGGGACUUCUCUGGCGGCCCGGCAGACACGGAGCCGGGGACCAUGAGCGUGGGCUUUAUCGGCGCCGGCCAGCUGGCCUGUGCCCUGGCGCGAGGCUUCACAGCCGCGGGCAUCCUGUCGGCUCACAAGAUAAUAGCCAGCUCCCCAGAAAUGGACCUGCCCACGGUGUCCGCGCUCAGGAAGAUGGGUGUAAACCUGACCCGAAGCAACAAGGAGACAGUGAGGCACAGCGAUGUCUUGUUCCUGGCCGUGAAGCCACACAUCAUCCCCUUCAUCCUGGAUGAGAUUGGGGCCGACGUCCAGGCCAGGCACAUUGUGGUCUCCUGUGCAGCCGGUGUCACCAUCAGCUCUGUGGAGAAGAAGCUGAUGGCGUUCCAGCCGGCCCCCAAGGUCAUCCGCUGCAUGACCAACACGCCUGUAGUGGUGCGGGAGGGCGCCACGGUGUACGCCACAGGCACCCAUGCCCUGGUGGAGGACGGGCAGCUCCUGGAGCAGCUCAUGAGCAGCGUGGGCUUCUGCACUGAGGUGGAGGAGGACCUGAUAGACGCCGUCACGGGGCUUAGUGGCAGCGGGCCUGCCUAUGCAUUCAUGGCCCUGGACGCGUUGGCUGAUGGUGGGGUGAAGAUGGGCCUACCGCGGCGCCUGGCUGUCCGACUGGGUGCCCAGGCCUUACUGGGGGCUGCCAAGAUGCUGCUGGACUCAGAGCAGCAUCCAGGCCAGCUCAAGGACAACGUCUGCUCCCCUGGGGGGGCCACCAUCCACGCCCUGCACUUCCUAGAGAGUGGGGGCUUCCGCUCCCUGCUUAUCGAUGCAGUUGAGGCUUCUUGCAUCCGAACACGAGAGCUGCAGUCCAUGGCUGACCAAGAAAAGAUCUCCCCAGCUGCCCUCAAGAAGACUCUCCUGGACAGAGUGAAGCUGGAAUCCCCCACGGUGUCCACGCUGGCCCCCUCCAGCCCAGGGAAGCUCCUCACAAGAAGCCCGGCCCCAGGAGGCAAGAAGGACUAAGGCAGCCUCUGUCUGCCCUCUCUGACCAGAGCCCUCGACCGAGGCGGCUGUGCAGGGCAAGGGCAGGCUCAGUCUUCAGAUCCUUGUGAAAAAACCUCCUUAGAUCUGUUCCGACCACGCAGCUCUAGUUCCCCCUUCCAUCUCAUGUUGGAAGAUGCUCUGAAGGGGUAGCUGAUGCUGGAAACCAGAUGCAACCUUGCACAUCUCAUAUGGUUGGAAGAGAGAGCGUCUGGGACCCCAGUCAGAGCCCCAGCUUGGUAGGAAGGUCUGGAGACCUUCAGCUGAUGACCCCUUCCAUUGGGGUCUUCCAGCCGGAGCCCAAGGCAGGGUCAGUUUGAUGCUGAGUCAAGGAGAUGAAAGGUACAAAACAUGACAAGGGCUUUCUCUUUCCAGUUGAUAAAUGGAAAAGAAGUGAGUGACUUAGAAUUAUCACAAUUAAUCAGAAAUGCACAUAUUAGACUGUUAUAUUCAACUCUUGCUUUAUAGGUGUACCACUGGAAAAGUGUUAUUCAAUGCUACUGAGUUUAGCUGCUUUAAUAAAAUUUUAUUUUUUAUUACC